CCUUUCCAGGCGAGACCGCGAGACUCGAGAAGAACCACAUUGCGGCUGAAAAUACAAAUGUUGGAACAGGUUCUCCCUCGGCGAUCUUCCCUUCCGACACCGACGAAACAAGCGACCGCGAAACUAUAUACUUAUAUCUUACUGCAACUGCGUCUUUCCUUUAGCACAGUAACCCCGGUCUCAAAAGAAGAGAAAGUGCGUACAGUGGAGAAGGGGAAAUGGCUCACCUUGCCUCCCUUCACUUCCACUAUUGACGCUGCUUCCGUUGCCAAAGAGCUCUCAGGCCGUCGUUCUGAAAGAAAUGAUGAAGACAUCACCACCACCAACACCACAACGGCUCUCAAAUGGGUACUUCGCUGCUGUCCGCACAUCCCGAGGUCCCUUGUGCAAAAACUCUUCCGUCUGAGACAGGUUCGGAGAGAGUGUUUCAUAUCAGCAAGUGCUUCUGAAGUUGAAACCCAAGCUCAAGUACCUCAUCUUAGAAGGGUGUCAGCCAAGGAUGCACUGAAUGCAGGAGAUCGGAUCUUUCUCCCCAUUACCGUACAAGAGCUGGCCACUGAGACCACUGAGAAACAUGAAUGUCUUUGCAGUGAGGAUGAAAUCAACUACAUCCGUAGCCUUGAGUUGUACAAGGAUCCAGCCAUCAUUGUUAUUAAUAAACCUUGUGGCAUGCCAGUUCAGGGUGGCAUUGGCAUCAAGAAGAGUUUAGAUGAGAUUGCGGCAACAUGUUUAAGAUAUGACUACUCGGAACCUCCCCGUCUGGUACACAGACUUGAUAGAGAUAGUAGUGGCAUAUUAGUGAUGGGGAGGACACAAAUGAGUGCUUCAAUUCUACAUUCCAUCUUCCGUGAGAAAACUUCCGGAGCAUCACUCGAUGACAUUGAAAGUACAAAAAGAAAUCUACAGAGGAAGUACUGGGCACUUGUAAUAGGAACUCCAAGACGUUCAAGGGGAUUAAUUUCUGCUUCAUUGGAAAAGGUUGUGCUGGACAAUGGAAAAUCUGAGCGAAUUACUACUGCCAGCAAUGGCCAAAUAAUGUCUUCUCAGCAUGCAGUAACGCAGUAUCGAGUGAUUCAACCUUCACUUCAUGGUUUAACAUGGAUAGAGUUGUGUCCACUUACUGGCAGGAAGCAUCAGCUCCGUGUCCACUGUGCUGAGGUUUUGAGAACACCUAUUGUUGGAGACUACAAGUAUGGUUGGCAGGCUCACAAGAAAUGGAAACCUGUACCUUUGUCAAAGCCUGAGAAGGGCUUGAUGGAGGUGCUUCCCAAGCAGAAGAUAGCUCCUUUUGGCAUCAAUUUAGAGGGUGGAAGUAUUUCAGAGGACCAGCCUUACCUUCAUCUCUAUUGCAGGCAGAUGAUUUUGCCCAAUGUGUCUCUAGCUUUACAGCAUAUGCAGUCAUCUUCAAAUUGUGAUCUUUCAGAACUGGAGACCCUCAGCUUGGCUGCCCCUUUUCCUCCACACAUGCAAAGAAGUUGGGACAUCUUGAGCAAUUGA